AUGUCGUCGUCGUCGUCGCCGGCGCCGGUGGGCGGCCUCCGGCGGCGGGCCCCCAAGACCCUCAGGACGCGCCACGCCCUCCGCAAGUACGAGCCGAAGGUGGUGGAGAACCCGAAGCGCAUCCUCUUCCUCCGCGGGGCGCGGACGAGCAGCGUGGUGAGCGAGGCCCUGACGGACCUCGCCGCCAUCACGCAGCCGCACAACAAGAAGCUGCGGAAGCGCAACGCCUUCCACCCCUUCGAGAGCCGCGAGCACCUCGAGUUCCUCGGCUUCAAGAACGACUGCUCCCUCUUCUGCUUCGCGAGCGACAGCAAGAAGCGGCCGCACAACCUCGUGCUGGGCCGCCAGUUCGACUUCCACGUGCUCGACAUGGUGGAGCUCGGCGUCGUCGCGGCCGACCGCCUCGACUUGGGGCGCGUGCGCGGGACGGAGGCGGCGGCGCUCGGCGGCAGGCCCCUCUUCGUCUUCGAGGGGAGCGAGUUCGCCGCGGACCCGGUGUUUGCGCGCCUCAAGAGCCUCCUCCUCGACUUCUUCCGCGGCGGCGGCGGCGGCGAGGCGGAGAUCAACCUCGACGGCUGCGACCGUGUCUUGGCCUUCUCGCUGCGCUCCGACAACGGCGCGGACGCGUGCGUGGCGCCCUCGGCGGACUGCUACGGCAGCGGGCCGCAGCGGGAGCGCGGCAACACGGUGCUCUGCAUGCGGCACUACGCCCUGCAGAAGCCCAGCACCGCCGCCGGCGUGCCCGCCGCGCUGAGCAGCAACGCGCAGCUGGUGGACAUCGGCCCCAACUUCGACUUCGCCCUCCGCCGCGCCUCCUUCGCGACGCCGGCGGAGUUCAAGGCGGCCACCCGCGUGCCGCGCGCGGUGCUGGCGACGCAGCGCGCCACGGCUGCGAACGUCAGCGGCGACGCCCUCGGUAACCUCCGCGGCCAGCUGCACGUCGGCAGGCAGGACGUGGAGCAGCUGAACCUCCGCCGCUUCAAGGCGCACCGCAAGACGCAGCGCGAGGCGGCGGACGGCGAGGAGGCGCCGCGGAAGCGCCGCACCCGCCGCAGCAGCAGCGGCGCCGGCGCCGACGCCGAGGCGCGGCCCGAGACGGACAUUUAA